GUUUGAUCUGGUAUGAAAAAUAAAAAAUCGAGACCAUAUCGUAAACCGUAAAAUUUUUUUUUUAAAAAACCAUACCAAACCGUUUAGACCGCAAACCAGAUCAAAUACUAAAAUUACAAUUUAGUCCCUUUAAUUUGCGGAUUAAACCAAACUAUUUUCAAGCCUAAAUCUAUAACAAGGAAUCUUUUUGCAUUUUUUUUACACCAAAAUAGCACAGUUUUUGAAAACCCUAACUCAUCCGACCUCCUUCCUUCCUCUGUUCGUCGCCUUAUCGCCCCUCGCCGGUCGCCGCUUUUCCUUCACCGCGGCUUGUUUCGGGUAUAAUCCUUCAACAUGGUAGUAAAAUCUCUGAGGUUGGAUGCCUCUAAGAAAGCAGAUCGAAAAUUUGAGAAAAAACUUCAAUUUUAUUCUAAGGUGCGGGAGAAUGUUGCAACUUUAAGUGCUAAGAAGAGUAUUGAAAAGAAGAGUAAAAGUACAAGAAGACGGCAAAAGAAAUUGAAGGCUUAUGAUCUUUCACACCUCCAUGAAUUCUUGCCUGAGCUUAAAGCAGGCCAGAAACCUGCCCCCGAACCGGAAAAAGUUAACUGUAAAUCCCGACAAAAAUUAGUAUUGAAGGAGGCAAAGCAGUUGAUGACUGUCAUUAGUCACCCCAUUUUCCAGUCAGAUCCACUUGCUGCCAUACAUCAGCAUCUGCAAAACACCCAACCAGCUCCCGAGCACAAACUGCCAUCUAAAGACGAUGCUAAGAAGAAAAGAAAGAAGAAAAAGAAAUCUUCUUCCGGACCACAAUCCAUGGAGCUGUGAACUAAGUUCUAGGCAUACAUAUGCAAACUACUUAACAUAUCUUCAUUUGAGGAUAGGUUUUUAGCAAUCGAGCUUUACGAAAACAGUUAUCAGAUAUGGUUGGGCUAUAUAGUUAUCUGGUAUUUAGUGACUUAGCGAUAUAGCCUGAGAGGCCCGAGAUUUUGUAUGUAAAGAUCCUCUAGUAAUUUCAUCAGGUUCUCAUCA